UCGUUGUCCUUUUGAAACAUCAGGAGGUGUUUGACUAAAAUCUUUUUAAAGAUGCCAGUUAAUGAUGUUAUCUUUUUGUAUUGUCUGAAUCUAUAACGGUCUUGUCUUUUUUUGUCUUCAUCAUUGUUAAUACACACUACAGAUUGAAAAGUUUGUCAGAACUUCCAUUUUGAAACCAUGGAAACGUCACAUGAGCUGAACUUUAUCAAUCCCUUAGCCUCUAAACACGAAGCAGAAGAUUCAAUCCUACGGCUAUCUUCUUCUUCUUCUUCUUCUUCCUCCUUCUCUUCUUGUUCUUCCGUAGAAGCAGAACCAAGACCUGAUGAUCAAUCUCCUCCAACACAAAUCAUGGAGAGAUCUACAAACAACGCAACCUCAACACCUCCUUACAGAAUCCCUCCACACGUUUUCGAAAUAACGUCCUCUACAGCUCCAGCUGAAUGGAGCACUCUCUCCAACGAAUCUCUCUUCAGCAUCCACAUGGGAGACAAUACCUUCACUGAAGAAAUAGAUUACUUCAAAUCAGGCGAGCUCACCUUUCCUCAACCUCCUUCACCGAGAACUCCGACUUUACCAUCUCCGCCUCAAAGCAAAAACCAAGGAGGAGCAAGUGGAGUUGUGGAGGAGGUCAAAACUCCGGUGCAUAUAGACAAGAAAGCAGCUGAAACAGACAAAGCGUACCACGCAAGUAAAGACCAAGAACAAAAGGCUGCAGCAAGUAUUAGGGAUGUUAUCAUGGCUAAUAAAGACAAAACCAAUAAACUAGAUCAUUCGGUUUCUCGUCGUUCGGAAGAUUUUAGCGUCAAGUCUUUCGCUUUUCCAGUAUUCGGGAAUGCAGAUAAGGGCGGCUUGCAAGGAUCAACGCAACAAAAGAAACAGAAGAUUUUUUUAGAGGCUGAAGGAGAUGAAGGGUUGAAGAAAGAGGAAGCUUUUUCUAAACCUGUUACUCCUAAGGCAGAAGCUGAUCGUGGCUGUAAUCGCUACCCUAGAUGGUUAUCUUGCUUCCCUUGCUGCCCAACUUCAUGUGUCUAACUGAAAUAUCAUCAUACAAGUCUGUUCCAAGAUUUACAAAGUUUUUUCUUCUCUUUGAUUUGAUCCUCAAGACUCCUCUUAUCUUGUAAAAAUGAUGUAAAAGUCAAUGACAAACAAUGGAUACACUGUGGUGCUUCAAGAGGGAGGAUCUAUGAAGCAAUUUGAGCCAGGAGCUUUCGUUGAGGCUUGAAAGUUAUGGAGGCUACCAGUGAACAGCAGUGAAGAGUCCAUCAAUCAAUCUCAUUGAUCUAGUACUCAUAUUCCUUGUAUGAGUCUUGUCUGAAAAGUUUAAAGUGUAUGUACUCGUGUUCAUUCCUGUGCUUGUAUGCAUGCACCUGAAAUUGUAUCAUUCAAGAAGUUAAUAGCAAUGUUUUACUGACUCUCUCAAUCUCAGGAAGAAUCGUAUAUCCUACCUGUAGAUUAUGAGCGUGAGCUCUUUUGACCAAAUCUGUAGUUGUUCGUUACUGGAACAAUUGUAUCCUUCCAUGGUCCAAUCCCACCACAUACUCCUUAAUGUAGCUGGAGUAGGUAUGUAACGUGAUCUCUACGUAUGUCUAUUUAGAUUUAACAGACGUAUCAUUAGUAGAAGGAUAAGAACUUUCAGGAAUACACAAACAAGAAGAGGAUAUACCUGGUUUAGUAUCUUGAGUUGGCAUGGUAACAUCGUCUAUUAAAAGGACUUUAGGUGAGGCUAUCAAGUUUGAUAAAUAUUUACACGUGUGAAGAUGGGGCAAAUGAUUGAAUAAGCAAAUGUUUUUUCAACCAUUUCUUGGACAAAUAUGCGCCUUCGUUCACAUACUUCUUAAGAGUAUCCACAAUUUUAUCCUCAAAUCUCUUACCUCCAGGCCCACUUGACCUGCAAAUAUUCAACAGUGAUUUAGAAAACUAUAUUAUCUUACAAUCUGUGAAUGUCUUGAACAUCAAUAUCUUACAAUCUGUCAACUAACAAGCAAAAUAUAGUAUAAUAAAAAGCUUGGUCGAAGUAAAAGAUGCUGACCAGUCAUUCACAUAUUAUAUUAUUAUAUAAGUAUUCUCUGCAAAGACCUUAAACUGUUGUUUAUAUAGUCUACAAGUAUAUCAUCUUCUGAUUUUUUUUUUGUUUUAAUAUGAAGAGUUAUGAGUGUGUAUUACCAUAGAUGAUACUGACUAUUUGACUUUCUAAUUAUAUUUUAUUACGCAACUUGGCUUUUCCAAUUGUAAAGCAACAGUUCUAAUGCUUAUAUAAACAUGGAGGUAAUUUUGGAAUAAAAAUCUACACUCCAUUUUCUUAAUAUCUGUUUUUGGGCGACAUACAAGAGUUUUAAUGUUCAGUCCAACGAAAGAGAAGGUGUUCAUGGGUCAAAACCUGAUUUGGGUGAUGAUAUUGUUGGGGCAGAUACAUGGAUACAAAAGUUGUAUUCAGAAAGAAAGGAUGGCCCUGUUAGAGAUCAAGAAACACAUGAUCGCAGUUGCUAAAGAAGGAGAAUCCAACUUUGUUUUCCCUACUUGGACCAAUGACACAAAGAGCGAUUGCUGCAGGUGGGAGGAAGUUAAAUGCAAUCGUUCAAGUGGACGGGUGACUGUGAUUUCCUUUGGUCUUAUGUACAUGAAAGAGAGUUCUCUGCUAAAUCUUUCUUUGCUGCAUCCCUUUGAAGAUGUUCGAAUUCUAGACUUGGGUUGGAACAGAUUCAGUGGGUUGUUUGAUGCUGUCGAAGGUAUAACCAGGCUGCCCCCAAGUGUUUCCUUUUUAAUCUCAUAGCUUUGUUCUGAUUCUUCAAAGCUGAUCAUACUGUUUAGAACUAUGCCAUAUACCACAAAACUUAUCCAACAAGAUUUGAUUUUGCAGGUAAUAAAAGCCUCAGGAGACUAAGAAAGCUGGAGAUUCUGUUUUUGGAUUUAAAUGAAUUCAAUAGUAGCAUCUUUCCUUUUCUUAAUGCUGCUACAUCACUUACAAAACUAUCUCUUAAGGCCAACAACAUGGAUGGCCCUGUUCCUGUUAAAGGUGUGUUUUUGCAUUUUUUUAACGAGGUGGAUAUCCUGUUCAACCUACUAAUUGAUGAUGUCUCAGUUGUUAGAUCGAUUCAGUUUAUAGUUAUAGUUAUAAAUUUAUGUCUUACACUCAACGUGUAGCAUUCUUACUUUUGUUGGACUCCCUUUCAGAACUUAGAGAUUUGACAAACUUGGAAGUGUUGGACAUGAGUUGGAACAGAUUUAAUGACUCCAUACCAGUACAAGGUAGCUCAGAACUAUGGUCCAUUAAUACUUGUUCUUUUUUAUUUGGGUUGCAUAAUAAAACUUCUAAUCUGGGCUGAGCUGAGCAUGUAUUUUCUAAAGGCUUUUUUCUUCUUAUGACAGAGUCAUUUCCCUUGAGGAAUCUGAGAGCUCUGAGUCUAAGGAAUAAUAAUUUUUCUAGUUCAAUGGGACUGCAAGGCAAGUUUGCUCAUAUAUUUCAUAUUUCAAGUUUUAUCUUCAAAAAGAUAUUGGUUAAAAUCAAGUUUAUUUACCUGAACAAAAGUACUGCAUUUGAUUACCGCAGGGAUUUGCAAACUGAAGAAUCUGCAAGAGCUCGACCUCACUGGAAACAAACUAGUAGGACAUUUUCCCUUAUGUUUAACUAACUUGACUCGACUUCGAGUUCUUGAUCUCUCAUCAAACCAAUUGACUGGUUCAAUA